GCAACUUCACUUGCAAAUUGAUAAAUUAAAUGCGCGAUGUGUGUAUAUCGAUUUCUCAUGUAAAAUAAAAUAUUAUUUAACAAUCAUGUUUUUUGCUCUAGUUCUACAAGUUCUAAAUAUCUUUAUAUACAAAUAUAAAAACUGCACUGUUAUUAUUAUAUUUUCCUUUUGUCCCCUAUCCUAAUUGUAUCCUUUCAUGAUUGCACAUAAGCAAUAUCUUUGAAAAUUUUUCCAUUGUUUACAUAUAUUCUUUAAAAAAAUAUAAAAUUUCUUCUCGAUACAUGAUAAAUAUAUAUAAUAUAUGCGUGAUCGGAAUUAUAUAUUAAAAUGAAACUCUUUCUCCGAAAUUGGCGAAAGUUUCUCUUGUAAGUUCCGCAUUUCGAGUUUUUUUUUAUCGACAAAAGCUUUUUUCUUCUCAAUCUUGAAAACUACAAUCCGAGUCCAAGUUCGAGAUAUAGCUAGCCCUCUGCGAUGUUGACGCAACGCGUUCCGCCACUGCCAAGUGUUACACAGGGUGUAAAUGGAUUUGUUUAACGUGCCAAAAAGAUUAGCGAUUGGAGAAUUAAAAUAUAAUAAUUACCUAAGCAGUACCUUGUUUUUUUUUUUUUUUUUUUUUUUUGACGUUGUUUACGCGCAAAAUAAUAUUUGUCUGUUCUGCGACAACGCGGAAACCCAAUUGAAAUUCUAUUUCUACGUAUCUAUAGAGUGUCGGAACUUACGUCGAAAAUUACGUUAAAAGUCCUGUGCCAACGCGGAUUUUAUCGUUAACCAAGUAAGGUCAUGCGAAAACGUGAAUAAAGUCUUCUCGCAUCGAUCGUCAAAACGAUGCGUAUUCAAAGCUGCCGCACAAUCCCGGGAUUCGCGCAUGCAAAGACAAACUUCGUCAUGUCACGUUGCUCGUGUUUGAAUUGCUGUGUAUAUACGUAGAUUCAAUCAGCAGCUUUCGCGCGGAUUUUCCAUCAUCUGAUUAUAAUGCAAAGAUAUGCCAGAGUAAAACACUCAAAAAGCGAUACGCUCAAAUAUAUAUCUGUCGCAUGCCCCUUCCCUCCCUCUACAUACACACGCGACAUAUUGCGGAAUAAACGAUAAUGCGAAAAAAAGAUUUGAACAGCUUUUCAAUUUAAAAAGAAGUAUUAUGUGAUACACAGAGAGAAAUACGAAAAGUUUUAUUAAUUCUAUCAACUGGCCGUACCUAUAUUUUCUCAUUUCCCCCGUUUAUUUAUAAAUAAAUAAAUAAAAUGUGCUGUAGAAUCGAAGUUCUUAUUACGUGCAAGUUUUCUUGGCUGUAGUAACGCAAACAUAUAGACGCGCGACUAUAAAUAACCGUCGAGGUUUAUUCUUACAAUUUAAACAAACUGUAAACACCGGUCUUGUUUUUUUGUUUUUUAACAACUUAUAUUCGGAAUUUUCGAAAUUAAAAUUUAAGAAAUAAAAUUGGUGCUUUUAGAAUAUAAUUAAUUUUCCCGAUAAAACACAACAACAGCAAAGAGUGGAUCUGUACGAUCGAUUCAUUGACAAGUAAUAAGCAAUAAUAAAUGACAAAUGGCUAUUGAAGAAUUAAUAUCAGCAAUUAAUUAUGAAUUAUGUAUGUUUGAUUCACAUAAUUCAAGGAAUUCGAACACAAUGGUGAAUUCAUAUUAAAAUAAUAAUAGGACGAUGUCAUGAUUGAGUGGAUUUGUGUACAUACGUUUCGGUGCAUUUCCAACCAUUUCUGAUUUUUACAUUUCUGUUAUAUGCAAAUAAAAAAGCAAGUGCUUAUGAAAAAUUCUCUCAGUAAUCUCGGAGACCCAUGUUAAAGAUUAAUAUAUAUAUAUAUAUGCAAUAAAUCGCGUUGACUCGGACGAGAGAAGUCGUCGGUGCAGUUAAAUGCAAAGUUAAUUCUUGAAAUAACAAACAACAAAACAAAAAAAAAAAAAAAGAAGAAAGGAAAACCAGAGGCAAAGGAAAAUUUAAGGGUUUAUUCGCGCGAAAAAUGAUGUCAACGACACGCUUUCUUGCUUGUCACGAAAUCGCGCGCUGGUUCCAAACCGUCGCCGAUCACAAGAGCGCGCGAAGGACUGACGUCACACAAGCUUCCGACGAUUACCGUUUGUAAUAAGUUCGCAGCCGACACGGCCGACGGGGGAACGGGACCAAUUUGAAAACGCCGCCGCGUCGCAUCGACAUCGUCAUAGCAACCGCAGGAUUCUACGUACUCCUUUUCUUUUCAAACAAGCAAGCAUCAACUAACCAAAGGAGCGUAAAAGCAGAACUGCUUGCCGUGGAGGAGAAUUAAUUAACCUGGCGAGUUUCAGCAUCGGGUUUCGACGUUCUAAGAAGAUAGUAAUUUCAGUAAUUUCUUCAACGCGAUCAUGAAUGACUGCCUCUCAUUGAACGGGAUUGUCGGCCGUGCUGCUCAUGUGGCGCGUGAGAAGGAGGAGAAACGCAUUCAAGAGCGUCGGCGUCAUCUUCUUUAUCUCAUUGUUGCCUUUUUGCGGGAGCAAGGAUACUGCAAUUCCGCCGAGCAUCUCUUCAAGGAAGCUCAGCUCUCACGGGACAUUCACAUAUGCGACAAUAUCGAUCUGGAGACCAUCGUUCUCGAGUACGUCGACUGUUAUUACGCCAAGUACAACAGAUAUCCGAGGUUGUGCAAACAAACGGAGGUCACGGGGAACGUCGCGCAAAAUACCAACAACAAGAAGGAGAAAUCCUCCAAGGUUCUCAAUCCGAGACAAGAAGACGGUCGCGAGGAAAGCAACAACACGACGAGCAAACACAAGAUCGCACAGAAGCAACCCCCGUGGAACGAACUGAAUCUCGGGAUCACGGUGACGCCUAUUUUUCCCGCGGAAAGCGGAGAUCGAGCGGGGAUCGCGCAAGCACCAACGUACGAAACGCUCGCUGACGCGGAAAGACCAUCGAGAUCCAUCGAUGAUCUCUAUCCGCUCGGGUCCGAGCUGAGAGAGAUCGCCGACGUCAUAUCACGGGAAAUCGUGCAACAAAAUCUGAACGUCCACUGGGACGACGUGAGAGGACUGAAGGAUUGCAAGACGUUAUUAAAGGAAGCUAUAGUGUAUCCCAUCAAAUAUCCAAGCUUAUUUAACGGUAAACUCGGUUCUUGCAAGGGUGUAUUGUUGUACGGUCCGCCGGGAACUGGCAAGACAAUGCUCGCGAAAGCGAUCGCCACCGAGUGCCAAUCGACCUUCUUCAACAUCACUUCCAGUUCCGUCAUCAGUAAGUGGAGGGGUGACACAGAAAAAUAUAUUCGCGUGCUCAUCGAUCUCGCUAAACAUUACGCACCUACGAUCAUUUUCAUCGACGAGAUCGAUUGGACGAUUACGAAGAACACAGAUUCAUCAAGCUCGGAACCUGCCAGAAGAUUUCGAGCGGAAUUGCUCGCUAGAUUAGACGGAUUAUUAUCGAUGGAAUACACGAACGUAAUACUAUUAGCGGCUACAAAUGUUCCUUGGAACAUAGAUAUCGCCUUACUGAGACGACUAGAAAAACGGAUUUUUGUGGAUUUACCGGACAAAGCUAGUAGAUUGGAAAUUUUGCGAUUUUACGUAUGCGACCGUCUGCAUCACUCGCCGGAAAUGUUGAAACUUGCGCAAGAGACCGCAGGAUAUUCUUGUGCCGAUCUGAAAUUGCUAUGCAAGGAGGCAUGGAUCAAUCAAUUGCGGCCUGUUCUAUCGAGUCUUGAAACCAAGAAAGUUUCCGUGAACAAUGUUGAAAACGACGAUUUAAUUAUCGCGAUAGAUUUCAUUUUACUCGCUAAGCAAAACGUAAAACCCAUUUCUAAGCAUAUGAGCGCACAAUAUAUAGAAUGGCAUAAGGAGUUCGGUUCUUCUCGAUAAAGGAAGAAA